AUUGUAAACAAACUUGUCUAAUUAUUGCAACAGCAUUUUGACAGCGGUGCCCGUGAUUGAAUUUAAAGUGGAUAUUAUGUUGCACAAGUCUUCGUCAAAGUAAAUCAGUUGCGAGCGCGCAUAAAUAUAACUUUGAGAUCAUCUGAAACUGUUGUUCGUUUGUAACAUGACGUAGGCUAUAUUUCAUUCCUGCUUUGAGGCUCAAUCGCCAAACAAGGAAACAUAAUCCGCACACUAAAAUGAUAAAACUUUGUAUAUUUUUGUUUUGUUUGUGUUUUCCCCUGCAAGCGUGGAAGGGAAGCGACGAGCGCGUAAAUAGGAAAUGUGUCGCUGUAAUUACUCUUAACCGCCGCUAAGCGAAAUGCAUUAUGUAAGAAAAACGUAACUUGAAGAAAAUACUGUAUGUCAUAGUCUGAUAUGUCUGACAAGCUUUGUGAACAGUUUAGAAAAGAGUGUUUUGUAGCAACACUAUUUUAAAGCAGUGUGCAAAGUUGUUUCCGAAGUGUUAUUAUUAUUAUUUGGUUAACGUUAGCUUUAAAGCGCCAUGUUGAACUUGAGCGCCGGUGAAUUUUAAGUGUCUGUGUGUGGCAUUUAUUGUUAUUAAGUUGAUCGGUGGGGUUCAAGGGAGGCUGUCUGAAUGUUCAGCUCUCUUGAGUGUCGGGUUGUGAGGCGCAGGAGGAGUGGGGGAGAUGUCCUCUGCUAUGUGUGUGUGUGUUGUUGUUUUUCAACAGCAUGGCCGCUUGUGUCAUGUCAGAGAGUUUAUUUGCUCCAUUGACCUAUUUCUGUCAUUGAGGAUUACACAUCAUGACAACAACGAAAGAUAUUAAACUUAUAUUGAAUGUGUAUCGUCCUUCGCUUUAUUAUCUUAUAAUGUGUAACUUUACUUUUCUCUGUGUUGAAUUUCCUCAUGCCCAAAACAGUACAACCAAAGUCAAUGCCGACGUUGACCCCGAAUUUCUGUAUGUGGGAAACAGCGCCUCUUUUGGCGCGCAGGUGUAACAACAGGGGUUUCAAUCCAGUCUGUGAGAAAAAAAAUCACAAAAUGAAAUAUUAUUAUGACUUGUAUAUCCCCAUCUAUUAAUCAUAAAAAGCUUUGACUGUCAAAUUACUGUUAUUUUCUGCAAAUGGUUGUUGAGCUUUAUUUUCUCUUCUAAAUUGUUGCCGAAGUGUUUUACAAGUUUUAUCACUGAAAUUCCUGAAUUGUGCUCAAUUCUGUAAUAGGUUCAGUUCUUGAAGCCUGCAUCGAGACUCCUCUGAAUGCCAAAUCAGGCCCAUUGGUCUAAGAGCACAUAUUUCGUUGCCAUAGCAACUUUUUGACAUUUCACAUUAGAGAACAAUUCUUUAAAUGACCAAAGGUAAUAAAUGGACUCUGAGAUAGACGUAGUAAAUUAUAUUAAAAUUGAGCCCCAUUAACACACAAAAAUUUUCAGUAGGGUCUUUUUUCUUUCCUUUGGGUAUGAGAAACCAUGUUUGUAGAAUACAAAUAUAGGCCUGUCUGUUUGUAUACUGACCAGGUACCGUGGCUUUGAAGACUUAAGCAGAGAGUCGUCUAUAAAUGAAUGCUGAGCAGCUUAAUGCACUGACACUUUGACACCUGCCCAUGAAGUUUCCAUUCAUUUAAACUUAAACCCAAGCUGUGAGAGAAUGUGACCAGCCUUUUAAUCUAUUGUGGAGGUUUGAGAUGUAGAUUUUAGUUUUCUUAAGGCGUAAUAAAAAGGUACAGCAUAAAUAAGUAUUUUCUAUGUUACACACAUUAGGGCUGUUGUUGUGAUUCUUUUUUUAACUUCUUUCUGGUUAAUGGAUCUUAUGUGGUAAUGGAUCCUAUUCCUAACUAUUCAUUUGUUAACAAUUAUAAGCAAAUACUUUCCCAUCUGCUUGGUAUUUGUAUUAUCUGUAAAAUCAAUUGACAUCCAAAUAAAUCCAGCACCUCUUCGGCACAGAAAACCGUAAAAGGUGGCUCUUAUUUGUAUUUUUGAGAUGGCUCCUAAUGGUUCCCAAUCGAGUUUUUUCAAGAUAAUGAAUGCCCAUCAAGAGCCACCUUACACUCCCUAUCAGCUCACCAUGUUUUUCAACUUGGUGUUGUUACUUAUACCAAAGAAUUACUCAAUCCCUCUGUGCAUAUUUAAAGAGUGCCUCUCAGUGUCAUUGCUCCGUCUCACUUUACUCAUUGUAUGUAGAACAUUCUUAAGUGGGGAGAAAAAAUAAUUACUGGCCACAAAACUGCUGAAAAACUCAUGUGAGAAUAAGCAGACGCUAAUGGGAUCCUGUCUGUAAGGGAUACACUACACGCAAACAUAUUGGUAGGAUGCUGAGAAGUUGUGAGCUAUUAGCCCUAAUACGAACCGCUCACGCAAAUCUCAUGCAGUUUGGACUGACUAUGUCCUAUGCAAAUACAAUACGAUGCAUGAUAAACAAGACCUUUGGAUAUAGCCAGACAAAGUUUGAUUAGGUGUGAUAAGAGGCCAAAGUCUUUACCCUUAAGAUGGGUUUUUCUCAGCAUUACACAGUGAAACUGCUGACUGGUGCUUGUUGGACUGACACACUGACUAACUGGCAUAGAGUGGCCCAGAGAGUAGAUAAGGAAAGCUAGAUUACCAACCCUGGCUUGCCUGAUAAACAUAGCACUCUAAUCAAUCUCCUCUUAAUUAGUUUUCGGCAGAUUGACUGCGUUUGCCCGUGGCUUAAUCAAACAAAAGCUGGUGAAAUUGAUAUAUGUUUGAUGGGGUUGUUUUGAAUAAUGGCUGUAUUAGACGGAAAUUGCAUUUUAUACCUGAUGAUUGAGGGAAAUUGCUGAUGAUUUUUUAAAAAAUGUGUAAGCAAGGUCAACGGUGGCAGACAGUAUUUGGCAACCUUGUGGUAGUAGCUGUGGCAGCACAGUGUUUUUAAGUAAAUAUACAUUUUUCGUUUAUAGAUUUUUUUUAUAGAAAACAUUUUCAUAAAGUGGUAACUCUUUGCCUAUCUCAUGCAUCACACUUCCUUGUAGUCAGCGUACUUGUAUAAUUAUGUAUAAUUGUGAUUUAUAGGAUAGUCUCAUUACUAAAGUAGCGUAAUUCCAAUUUAAUUCCAGCAUAAUGGGGUGCUUUCCUGGAUAGGGCUUAAGACUAGUCCCAGACUAAAUUAAAUCUUGAAUUCAGGGGUUUUCCUGCAUAGAGAAAUUGAAGGCGGCCGCCUCCAUCAAAUCUCGUGCCGCCUCAGGCUCUCGCCAAAAUUAUGUUGUGAGUCUUCACAAGAAAUGCUUGCAUUUAACGCUGUCAUUCGUAACUGCAGUUGCGACAUUACGCCACAGUGGAGGCGCUGUUUCGUUAUCAGCACACUGAGGCCCUAAAAAGAGUUCCAGAACAAGAGCCUGCCUGUGUUUCACGGCUGUUUGUUUAGCAUCCAAGUACGUUUAAUUUCUUGAAAUUUCUUAAAUUAACAUGACGUACAUCAUUGUAAUGUAUUUAGCUGUGCAGUUGGAUAGUUGAAUCAGCGUAUACUGUACGCAGCGAGUUCGCCACUAUGAACGCGCAUUGCGUUCAGAACGACUCGCACACGAAUGACUCAUUUGAACCGAUUCAUUUAAACUAUUGAACUUUUCAGUCACUAGCGAAUAUAAGAGAUCCUUGAAUCAUUUAAAGUGAAUCACAGAGAAUGCAAGAUGUGAAUGAGCUUUGCUCAUUUAGACAGACUGGUUAAUUCAGUUGGCUAUUGUGGGCUGAAAAGUUAGUUGAAAAUGAUAAAAAAGCUUUAUUUGAUUAAAAAAACAUUUCUGUUUGGUUGAAUAAAAGUAAUGUUUUAUACAACCUAAUAAUUGUCAUUUUUAUCUAAUUUUAUUAGAACUUUAAAUAUGUCAAACUCAAAGUCACUUUGGUUAAGCCACUUAAAGGCACAGUAGGCCUACGUGUGUGUGUACAAGAUCAGGAUGGCACCACCUCCGCCUCAUUUUGAGCCAGGAAAAACCCUGUUGAUCGAAAACAAUUUGUACUUACAUAUCUUAAAAAAUAUAUCAGUGCGAUUGUUUUGUCUCCAGGAAUAUUUUUUUGUAAAGUAUGUUUUAAAAAACAAUUGAAAUAUCCUAAUUUAACUAAGGCCUAGUCCUGGCUUAAACUAAUCCCUGGCGGCCGGGAAACCGCCCCAUAAUGUUUUGUAUUAUGACUUUGCAUGAAUAAACAUAUCUGGCACACAUCAUUGUAAAACUGGAUAACCAAGUCAAGGCCGGCUAGAAUUGAACCUCCAUGCACAGGAGCCAUAGAUUAAAAAUAGUUUUAUGUGAGUGCUUAGAGGCAGCUGGGACUGCGCUCAAAUUCUUGACAAUCUGCCACAUGAGGGGCAGAUUGAGGGCAAGUGUAGUUUACAGUGUGUUCUAGUUGACAUAUUUCCCAGGUCGUAUGGUUAGCCUUUACUAUAACAUAAUGUAUAUGAAUGAGAUUAGAAGUCUGUUUAAUCACAGAAGCUUUGAAUUGGCCUGGAACCUAAAUAAGUCGUCCACCUUAAGCAUGCCAAGAGGGAGGAAAAAAGAAAAACAAACUAUUUAAUCAGAUUACGUCCUAUGUGAGGUUACCGCACAAGAGCCUCCCUCGGCUCGAUAGAAAAGUGUGUCAAUAGAGCAGCUUAGCCACAUAGCCUGACUGUGCUACACAGGUGAGUGGCAUGCGAGUCGUCGAGUUAAGAUGCGAGCUGGGCCGUCACGAGCCAAUGGGAGCGCACGAGGGCUGGGAUGGGGAAAUGCUCGUCACUGCGUUGCUAGGGUGAUCUCCUGAAUGAGAGUGUUCGUGGAAUGUAGCCAGAUCGCAGUUAUAUAACACAGGGAGGGUGGGGGCCUGGGGCUCAGAAUGGGGCAGAAGGAACAAGAGAGAGAGAGAGAGACAGAAUACAUUCCAUGUAAUCAUCGCACUCUUUUCAUUUUGUAGGACAUUUCGCAUAAUGGAAAAACUUUGAAUUUCUUUUUUAUUCAAGCUGGGAGCAUAUGCUUGUGUUUAUCGCUAGACUAAAGGCUUCUGGAGACAUCGGGAAGAUGUGUUGUUUCUUCCCUCGGCCUCUGAUCUUGCAUGUGACGCAUGCAUCAGCUUGUGUUAGGGCAGAGGUGUGAUUCUUUGUGCCAUUAUCUAAGAACAGCCGGUUCUCUUUGUCACAAUACAUUGGCUGUUAUCUAAGAUAUUGCGUCACCUCACGAACAUAUAAUGAUGGGUUGGGGGGGAUUUGUCUUACAUCCAGAUCACCGAAAAAGACGAUGUUUCUUGCAAAUAGCUUUUAUCAGGUUUCAGAGACUCGUCUUCAAUAGGUGUGGUGUGAAUGAAAUUUUAUAACUGUGGGCCCACCAGCAUCUCAUGUUAUUAACCUUGUAUUCAGGAAGGCCAAUUGUAUCAAGAUAAACAGCAUAAUGAAAAGAACAGCUGGUUUGUGAGAUAUAGACUUAUGUGUGCACUGCUGAAAGGUGUACAGUAUGUACUCAUUCCCAUUUUGUUUUGUGGCACUGUUUGCGUUUUUAUUCAUUUCCCGUUCAGACGCAACAAAGAAACUAUUCAUGAACCUGCAGCUGUUUAUCAUUCGAAUACAGAGUAUCACAAUCCACUUAAUUCCGCGAAUGCAAGUUUUCCGAGCAGAGAGCGAGCUUUGUUUAAAAAGCUGUUUGUAAUUCUGCAGGCCAGAGUCUUGUGUUAUUAUGUCACCCCGAGUAGGUCAAAGUCUUCAAAUCUCUUGAAUCUGUAAAUAUGAGUGCUAGAGUUUGACCCGGCUCGUUGUGCAUUAUCUUCUUGCUUUGGUGUCUUUGAAAGAACAUGACACUGGCAAAGUUUCCACUGAACUGUGCGAGUAAGAUCUUUAGGCUCUGCGCCAGCAUGUAUUAUUAAAUUAUGCUAAACGAUUCAUGUCAGUAGGUCAAAGAAGAGAGCUCCCUGGAUACGUGUGUGAAAUUCAAGCAAAUGUUUUAUUUCUUUGUUUCUCUCUUAGCUCAAAUCGAGGUAAUCCCCUGCAAGAUUUGUGGGGACAAGUCAUCGGGCAUCCAUUAUGGAGUGAUCACUUGUGAGGGUUGCAAGGGCUUCUUCCGUCGAAGUCAGCAGAACAAUGCUAUGUACUCCUGCUCCAGGCAGAGGAACUGCCUUAUUGACCGAACCAAUCGCAACCGCUGCCAGCACUGCCGCCUGCAGAAAUGUCUGGCGCUGGGAAUGAGUCGCGAUGCCGUAAAGUUUGGCCGCAUGUCCAAAAAGCAGCGCGACAGCCUAUACGCUGAGGUUCAAAAGCACCAGCAGUCCCAGGAGCGGGCAGGGAGCAUAGGUGGCACCGUACCCAGCCAUGCUGAUGAGGAGACCGGAGACAGCAGCCACACACGGGCUUACAGCCGGGGCUCCAGCACCACCCUUAGCGACCUGGAUGACAUCACCAUGCUACCGGACGGCCUGCUGUUCGAUCUGCCGCUCACGCCAGAGGGAGCCGGCGACUGCUGCAGCCUGGAGCUGCUAGGGGGCAGCGGCGGAAGCAGUUCAUCCUCCCAGAGUUCGCCGGAGCCGAACAGACAGGAGUUUACAGACACGCCACACAUCAAACACGAGUACGUGUCUGGACUCUUCACGCGCUCACUGCUUAAUCCACCCGAAGGCUGUUCCAUGCUGGAAAUCGAACGCAUCACACAGAACGUGGUAAAAUCGCACAUUGAGACGAGUCAGUACAGCCCCGAGGAACUGAAGAGGUGUGCAUGGACCCUCUAUACACCUGAGGAGAUACGCACCUACCAAAACAAGUCCACUGAAAUUCUGUGGCAGCAGUGUGCCGUGCACCUCACCAACGCCAUCCAGUACGUGGUGGAGUUUGCCAAGCGUAUGUCUGGCUUCAUGGACCUUUGUCAAAACGACCAGAUUAUUCUUCUCAAAGCAGGCUGCUUGGACGUGCUGUUGAUCCGAAUGUGUCGGGCCUACAACCCCAUCAAUAACACGCUGAUGUUUGAUGGAAAGCACGCAAGCCCUCAGCUCUUUAAAUCGCUCGGUUGUGAUGAUCUGGUAAAUGCUGUGUUUGAAAUGGCUAAAACUCUAAGUCGGCUGCAGCUGUCUGAAGAGGAGAUGGCACUGUUUUCUGCCACUGUACUUCUGUCUCCAGACCGACCUUGGCUGACAGAUAGCCAGAAGGUACAGAAACAUCAGGAGAAGUUGUAUCUUGCGUUGCAACACUGUCUUCAUAAAAGCGGUGCCCCGGAGGAGAAUCUGGCGAAGAUGGUGUCCAGAUUGCCCAUGAUGAAGUCGAUUUGCAACCUUCACAUUGAUAAGCUGGAGUUUUUCCGUCUCCUUCAUCCAGAAACAGCCUACAGUUUUCCUGCUCUCUACAGGGAGGUUUUCUGCAGCGAGAUCACCUUUCCAGACUCCACUGAGGGCUAACAUUCAUUGAAGUGCCAUACUGGUGCUGAUGAGAGAGAGGUAGAGAGUGUUUAGGAAAGACAGAGGAUGGGAAUAGGAGGUAGAUGGAAAUGUGUUUGACACACUGACAAUCCUGCGCAUUUACACUUCCUCCAUCUGUAACCUCCCUCUGAACAGGGCGAUCCACCGCAUUAUUUAAACAGGACCCAGAUUUCUCACAGUGUGGUGUUUAAAUGACGCCUAUUUAACACAAGGUUCAUUUUACUCAUGCUACCUACUUGCAUCUCCCCAAAAAUGAAGUGCUUAAAAGGUGGAUCGAGGGAUAUUUCCCUUCAUCAAUUCCUCAACUUUUAGCAAGAGCAUUUACAUGAAUGUAACCCAUCCUGACAUGUGGCACAGCCUCAGGGUUAGGACAGAAUGUACUAUUUAUUUUUCCCUGCCCAUAUGUAAACAAGCUCUCGAGGUUGAAAAAAAACGUGAUGGUUUUGAAUUCACGGCAAAACUGUUCAAAGGGACCAAAUGCAAGUGCUCCUGAGAUCAUAAAUGCCAAGUGAGCAGUCACACUUUAACGGACACUAACAUACAGAGCAUACGUUGUACAAACGUGCAUGCACACGCAUGUUUCGAGCUCUUUAAUUGUGCAUAAAAAUCGAAAAGAUACAAUUAAACUAACGGAAACCUCAUCCCUGCCUCCCUUUCCCACGCAAAUGCCACUUGCUAAAGAUAUUAGAUGGACAAAUAUGUUAUAUACUAUUUGAUAUGUUCGAUUGAUUUGAACAGAAACCACAUGGAUGUAGAAUAUUAGAUGUUUGAAAAUAUAUUUAUAUACAGAGCGAGAUAUAUAUGUAGAGAGAGAUAGACAAGAGGACUAAAUAGAAAGUUGCACCUUCGAAUGAAUGCUCUCAAGCCUCUUUGGAGACUUUUGGAGUUCUGGGAUGACUGAACUGGAUGUGGAUUUUGCCUGACAAGCUUUAGAUGUAGAUGCAGAUAAACAGCACUUCUUGAUGCACCACAAAAACUGGGGGAACUAUAAGAAAGGCUGUCGUGGAGACCAUGUUUUUGAGCGGGACUUUGCUGUCGCCCCACAUUAGAUGGCUGAAAGACAAUGGCACUAUGAGGAAAUGUUUCUGACUUAAGACCCCCUCAAUAAGAGUGCAGCAAACCACUUAAACAGUGCUCUUUGGGAGCAUGGCCUCAAGAGACUGCAAAGAUCAGCGCAGGAAACGGAUGGGAGGAACUGUGUGUUUUUAGAGGCAACGGAGAGACAACUUCAGUUGUCGGACACCACGGAAAUGAGGCCCAGAUGUCAACAUUCAGUCCUCUGUUUCUCUUCAGCUGCAUGUUAAGUGGACUCACAGGCUAUACCUCAUGUAUCGAGUCUGAUGUGAGGAUUUGUUGUGUUGCUAUGUGUUCUUUUCCCACGAUCCUUUCACUCUGUUGUGUUCACAUGUAUUAUAGAUUGACAGAGCCAUCAGCUACCCCCCUGAGUUAGGGAAUAUUAGAGUUAGUUUGUUUUAAAACUUUCAGAUCGAAAAUAUUUCAUGUCUUUCAGCCACGUGAUAGCAACAUCUAUUCUAAAUCAGGAAGUCAAAAUCGUGCAGGCUGGAGGUCUGUGAUUUAGGAGUGGCCCAGUAACAGGAAAACUGUGGAAAGCCCCAGGGAGUUUUUUUAAACGAAGACCCCCUAGUGGCCAGAUCGAGACAUUACACAAACUUCAGUAGCUGCCAGAUUACAGGCUUUGAAAAAAUGUUGUUUUGAAUGGUUUGUAAAUAUCAACCUUCAGUUUCCUGACAGUUACAUUUAACGCGCUUGUCUGAUGUUAAGUUUUAGCACUGCUGGAACAGUGCUGCUGUCCAAAAUGUAUAUUUUCUUGUACGUUUUUUAAAGGUUUGUGUAAUACACUUAUCUGGGUGCUUAUUACAGUAUCAUAAUGUAUGCCUGUGCAUGGUCAGUCGUUCUAUUUUUAGUAUUUGAGGGCCUUUACAAACCAAGGAUUCAUCUCCUCGGAUUUCACAAGCACUCCAGCCUAGAUCAUUUAACACCCCCGUUGCUGAAGUUCUGUCUACACUUUAUUUUUUACCCUUGUCUAGUAUUAACUGACUAAAGUGGACGUGUGAGAAAGCGAAAGAUUGUAACAAAGAGAAAAUACUUUGUCAAAACAUUUUGUGGAGUGUAAUUCGCAGCCCUGCAAACUGUCUCGAGUGAUCGCCCCGUCCUUGAGCGCAGUUUUAAAAGCGUGCGUUUAUGUCUACACUCAGUCACUCAGGGAGAUAGCUGGGUUCUCUGUCCUGCAGUCUUCUUCAGUUAGCCUAGCAAGGACACCUUGCACCAAAUAGAAGACUUUAAACCUUGAUCACUGUGUACGGUAACUUUUCUUGUGAAUGUUAUUGCAGAAGUAUCAAAGACUUUUACCCCUGUUUGGAGAAUUUUAGAGUUUGACUCGUUUAAAGAAAUAGGAACAAAUUAUAUAUAUAUAUAUAUAUAUUUUUU